AUGAAGGCUUAUCUCAAAGCUUUUGACCUGUGGGAAGUCACUGAAACUGGAAGGCAACUAGGUACCUUGAGGAAAGAUCCUACUCUUGCUCAGUUGAAAGCACAUGAUAAGUGUGCUAAAGGGUUCAAGGCUUUAUCUUGCAUAUAUUCUGCUGUCUCAGAUAUAAUUUUCACAAGAAUUAUGGCUUGUGAAACUGCAAUGCAAGCUUGGGACAGACUUAAAGAGGAGUUCCAUGGAAGUGAAAACUCAAAGCAAAUGUUGUUGGGUGAAGAUUUAUCAGAUAAAAGGGUUAUUGAGAAAGUUCUUGUAAGCCUACCUGACAGAUUUGAAUCCAAAAUCUCAUCUUUGGAAGAUUCAAAGGAUUUGAGCAAGAUCACCUUACCUGAACUUAAAAGUUCCUUGCAAGCCAUUGAGCAAAGAAGAAUUAUUAGAGAAGAAGAUGCUUCUGAGGAGGCAUUUAUUUCCAAGCAGAAAGGGAAGCAAAUGAUGGAGGUUAAGAAAAGUUCAAAAGAGAGAGACAACAAAGGGAAGCAACCUGAAAGUGGAAGUGAAGCUGUCAAGAAGGGCAGAUUUCCACCUUGUCCUACAUGUAAAAAGACAAAUCAUCUGGAGAAUGAUUGCUGGCAAAAGAAUUGUUCUAGGCGGCAAGAUGAUCAUUUAUUCAUGGCUUCACAGUCACUUAAACAAGUAGACAAACUCACAUGGAUCAUUGAUAGUGGCUGUAUAAGUCACAUGGCCAGAAAUGAGGAUCUUUUUACUUCUCUAGACAAAUUAGUGAGAACUAAAGUGAAGCUCGGUAAUGGAGAGAUGGUCCAGGCUGAAGGCAAAGGUACCAUUUCCAUGCAGAUUAGAAAAGGUACCAAAUACAUUUCUGAUGUUCUCUUCAUUCCAAGUUUAGAUCAAAAUCUGUUAACUGUGGCACAAAUGUUGAAAAAGGGAUACUCUCUUGUGUUUAAAAAUCUUUGGUGCCAUAUUCGCGAUUCUGAAAAUUGUGAAGUUGCUAAGUCUUUUCCAAGUGAUUCAAUGUGGAGAGCCAAAGAGAAAUUAGAGCUAGUGCACAGUGAUGUUUGUGGCCCUAUGAGUGUGCCCUCCCUGCGUCAAAAUAAGUAUUUCAUCUUGUUUAUAGAUGAUUUAACUAGAAUGACUUGGGCGUAUUUUAUUAGUAGCAAAGCGCAAGUGUUCAGUGUGUUCAAAAAGUUCAAAGCUUUAGUUGAAAAGCAAAGUGGAUGUAAAAUUAAGACCUUGAGGUCAGACAAUGGCAAAGAAUAUACCUUCGUUGAAUUUGAGAAAUUUUGUGAAGAGGCUGGAAUAGUUUACCAUUUGACUGUACCUUACUCACCACAGCAAAAUGGUGUUUCAAAGAGGAAAAAUAGAACCAUUGUUGAAAUGGCCAGGUGUAUGUUGAAGGAGAAAGAGCUUCCAAAAGAGUUCUGGGCUGAGGCUAUUUAUACAACAACUUAUUUAUUAAAUAGGCUGCCUACAAGGUCAGUUGAUAGAAUGACACCUAUAGAAGCUUGGUUUGAAUCGAAACCCUCUGCUAAGCAUCUAAAAGUGUUUGGUUCAAUAUGUUAUAUGCAUGUUCCUGCUGUUAAAAAAAGUGAAUUUGAUGACAAGGCUGAGCUAGGUAUUUUCUUGGGGUAUGCAGCUCAAUCCAAAGGUUACAGACUCUACAAUAUUAUGAAGAAGCAUGUCUCAAUUCACAAGGAAAGCUCUUUUACCAAUGAAGAAGGGAGGCCAGUUGAAUCCGAUAACAGUCAAGAAAAGGAUUAUGAAGAUGAUGAAAGAGUGUAG